AUGCGAUUUCUCACUUCCUUCUUCACAGCGCUGGCUGCUGUACCCUCUAUUCCUCUUGUGGCUGCUUCGGUGGCCACUCCGCUGCACGAACCUGGCCGUUGCGCCAUCCGAGGGCACUGCGGUAAGCAAGGCUUCUUCGGUUCAGAACUGCCCUGUCCAGACAAUGGAAAGGCUGCUCCGCCAUCUGAUGCAGUGCGCCAAAAGAUAGUCGACUUGUGUGGACCACAAUGGAAAGAUUCCGACGUCUGCUGUGAGGAGGAGCAAGUUGACGCCCUGUCAAAAAACCUCAAACUGGCCGAGAAAAUCAUUGCGUCCUGUCCUGCCUGCAAGGAGAACUUUUUCAACUUGUUUUGUACUUUCACCUGUUCUCCUGACCAAUCCACUUUCGUGAAUGUCACCGAGACGGGCAAGGCUUCAAAUGGCAACGACCUGGUCACCGAGUUGGAUAAUUUCUGGUCAAAAGACUAUCAAAAUGGCUUCUAUGACAGCUGCAAAGAGGUCAAGAAUGGCGCAAGUGGUGGAAAGGCAAUGGCUUUCAUUGGCGGAGGUGCCCAGAACUAUACCGAAUUUCUCAAGUUCUUGGGUGACAAGAAGAUUUUUGGGAGUCCGUUCCAAAUCAAUUUUCUCGAGAAGCCGCGCUACAAGGAUUCCGAUGGACUAGAGCCUAGCGAUCCCAAAAGCUACGCCUGUAAUGACAGUGAUUCUAAUUAUCGUUGCAGCUGUGUUGAUUGUCCAGCCGUAUGCCCGACACUCGAACCUGUUCACUCGGCGGAAUACUGUCACGUGGGCAAACUACCCUGCCUUUCGUUCGCUAUCAUCAUCAUUUACUCGAUCUCAUUACUGCUUCUGGUCACAGCCGUCUCAGGGCACAUCGCGUACAGGAGACAUAAACGAAGAAAGAGUGAGAGGCUUCAGCUUCUGCAAGAUGCUUCACCAAGUGAUGAUGAAGACGAGGGCGAUUUGGUCCACAACGCUGGCAUGCUGGAACGACCCCUACGAAACUACUAUUUGAACCAGGUAUUCGACCGUGCCUUCAACAAACUCGGAGGGUUCUGUGCGCGAUAUCCCGCCCUCACAAUCGGGACAAAUAUUCUUUUCAUUGCAAUUCUCAGUCUCGGUUGGCUGAAAUUCGAGGUCGAGAGGGACCCUGUCCGUCUAUGGGUCAGUCCUACGUCAGAUGCUGCCCAAGAGAAGGCGUUCUUUGACGCGAACUUUGGACCUUUCUAUAGGACAGAACAAGCAUUCCUUGUCAAUGAUUCAGACUCUACCGCCGUCAACAGCAGUGUUCUGUCAUAUGACAAUCUAGAAUGGUGGUUCGAUGUUGAAGCACGCAUCUCGCGUAUGAUGUCUGUUGAAAACGAAAUCACACUUUCUGACAUCUGCUUCAAACCUACUGGUUCAGCCUGCGUGGUGCAAUCGGUCAGUGGCUGGUUCGGAGCUGGCCUCACUGAAGACUGGCAAGAGCAGAUUGAACUUUGUGCCGCCCAUCCAGGAGAUCAACGGUGCUUACCAGAGUUCAUGGAUCCGCUCCAACCAGGACGAGUCCUCGGUGGCUACGACAGCAUUGAUGAUAUUGCCGGAGCAAAAGCAUUGAUAACGACGUGGGUGGUCAACAAUGACCAACCCGGAACCAAGGCCGGGGCUCGAGCGGAAGAGUGGGAAACUGCCCUCAAGCAUGAGCUCCUCAUUGCUCAGGACCAGGCCAAAAACCGUGGCCUGAGACUCUCGUUCAAUACAGAGCGAAGUUUAGAAGAAGAGCUUAACAAAUCGACAAACACGGAUGCGAAGAUUGUUGCCGUCAGUUAUGUGGUGAUGUUCAUCUACGCAUCUCUCGCGCUGGGGUCUGCAAGUCUCUCACUAAAAUCGCUUCUCAACAAUCCCUCCAACGCAUUCGUUCAAUCCAAAUUCACUUUGGGUGUCGUCGGAAUCAUUAUUGUUCUAAUGUCGGUUUCCGGUUCGGUAGGCCUGUUCUCGGCGGCUGGUGUCAAAGUGACUUUGAUCAUUGCAGAAGUUAUUCCGUUCUUGGUCCUGGCAGUCGGCGUUGACAACAUCUUCCUCAUUGUCCACGAAUUCGAGCGCGUCAACGUCAGCCAUCCAGACGAAGAGAUCGAUGAACGCGUGGCCAAGGCUAUGGGACGUAUGGGACCAAGCAUCUUACUGUCGGCAUCUACCGAGACCAUCGCUUUCGCUAUGGGUGCAUUUGUUGGAAUGCCAGCGGUCAAGAAUUUUGCUGCAUACGCGGCUGGCGCUGUUUUCAUUAACGCCGUUUUGCAAGUUACGAUGUUCGUAUCAGUUUUGGCCCUGAACCAGCGCCGUGUUGAAAGUCUAAGAGCAGAUUGCUUUCCUUGCAUAACAGUCAGGAAAGCAAAUGCUGCAAAUCUCCCCGGCCAUUUCUUCGGCAGUGAUGAAGAAGGCUGGCUGCAACGCUUUAUCCGAAAAAUAUAUGCGCCCAACCUCUUGGAUAACAGGAUCAAGACUCUGGUUGUGACCUUUUUUGUCAGUCUCUUCGCCGCUGCAAUUGCUUUAAUUCCCAACAUCGAGCUUGGGUUGGAUCAACGCAUUGCAAUCCCUUCAGAUUCUUAUAUGAUUCCAUAUUUCAACGACCUCUAUGCCUACUUUGGCUCCGGGCCUCCGGUCUAUUUUGUGGCGCGCAAUUUGAAUAUUACCGAGAGGUCUCACCAGCAAGAAGUAUGCGGCAGAUUCACCACUUGCGACGAGUAUUCAUUGUCAUACAUUCUCGAGCAAGAGUCGAAGCGGCCUGAAGUGAGCUACAUUAACUCGGCCACAGCUAGCUGGGUCGAUGAUUUCUUCUACUGGUUAAACCCGAUUUCGGACUGCUGCAAGAACGAAAACGGAGACACUUGCUUUGCAGAAGAUGAAUGGAACAUUACUUUAUCAGGCAUGCCUGAGGGUGAAAAGUUCAUUUACUACGCCACCAAGUGGAUUCAUGCACCUACAAAUGAAGAGUGUCCGAAUGGUGGACAAGCAGCUUAUUCGAACGCUGUAGUUAUUGAUAAAAACCACACCAAUAUCCCAGCAAGCCAUUUCCGAACGUUCCACACACCAUUGCAAGGGCAGGGCGAUUUAAUCAACUCAUUCGCCGCGGCCAGGAGAAUCUCGAACGAUAUCUCAAAGCGCCACGGCAUCGACGUCUUCCCAUAUAGCAAACACUACAUUUUCUUCGACAUGUAUAGCAGCAUCAUCCGCUUGACUGUUACCCUACUACUUGCGGCAGUUGCAAUUAUUUUCAUUCUGAGUUCAUCUUUGUUGGGCUCGCUUUUGACUGGAGCUGUGGUGGCUGUCACGGUCAUCAUGAUCGUUGUCGACAUCAUUGGAGUCAUGGCAGUAGCAGGCGUAUCAUUGAACGCUGUCUCUCUUGUCAAUCUGGUCAUCUGUGUAGGUAUUGGCGUCGAAUUCUGCGCGCACAUAGCCCGAGCAUUCAUGUUUCCAAGCAAAUCAGUUACGGAACGAGCGAGACAUAAGUUCAGAGGGAAAGAUCUGCGUGCCUGGACAGCCCUUGUCAACGUGGGAGGAAGCGUCUUCAGUGGCAUCACAAUUACAAAGUUCCUGGGUGUUGCGGUUCUGGCAUUUACAAGGAGCAAGAUCUUUGAAGUCUAUUAUUUCCGUAUCUGGCUGGCACUGGUCAUCCUUGCGAGCUCACACGCUCUGAUUUUCUUACCGGUGGCCUUGAGCUUCUUUGGUGGUGAAGGAUAUAUUGACCCUGAGAGUGAAGGUGGCUUGGAGGAAGAUUUGGCUAGUCGUCGCUACCGGAGUCUCCUGCCAGAUGACGACUAUGACUCCGACGACUGA